AAUGCAAUUAAAACCAGAGAUCUAGAAAAUUGAACCAACAUUUAAAUAGGUUGCAUUGAUUUAGGCAAGAUUUAGAGGAAUCAUAACAAGAAAGAGAGUUCAGAUCCUUAAAUAAAAGGAAAAUAUUAACUAACAAUAAUAAAAUUCUUUGAAUGAAGAUCUAAUUUGUUAUGAAUAGGCAUAACAAAUAAUUACUGAAAGAUCUACUGUGGCUUAAUAUUAAGAUGAUCACGGUGCUAUAUUAAUGUCACCAAAAAUAAAGAAUAGUAAAUUUCAAUUUGGAUCAAUGACAGGGUUUGGUAGAAUGGUGAUGGAGGACGGGUAUUAGAAUAAAAUAAUCAUAGAUGUUACUUGGAAGGCAUGGUAUAGAAUUAUAAUUAAAAAUAAGUGGUUGGAUGGAUUCUUGAACGGAGAAGGACUUUAUAGUGUGCCUGAUGGAACAUAUUAUAGAGGAUAGUGGAAGAAUAGCUAUAUGAAUGGUUAAGGAAUCUAUUUUAAUUCAACUUAAAAUAUCAGAUAUGAAGGUAAAAACUUUAUUAAUUUAAAUUAGGAGAAUGGGAAAAUAAUUUAUAACAUGGUCAAGGGGUUGAAACAUAUGCAGAUAAAUCAGUAUAUAAGGGAAUAUUUAAAAAUGGCUUAAAGGAUGGUUAAGGACAAUUCAUAUUUAAUGAUGGGUCAUACUAUGAAGGACAAUUUUAAUAAGACAAGUUUUAAGGAUUAGGAAAAUUUGUAUUAAAAUUUUUAAUAAAUAUAAGGUUUGGGAUAGUGGUAAAAAAAUUUAUUAUGGAGAAUGGUUUAAUGGUAAAAAACACGGUUUUGGUUAGUUAUAAGUCAAAGGAAAAUAUUCUUAUGAAGGUCAAUUCAAAAAUGGAUUAAAAAAUGGAAUUGGUAAAAUAAUUUGGAGUGAUGGUAGAAAAUACGAUGGAUAAUGGAAGGAGGGAAAAUAACAUGGAAUUGGUACAUUUUAGAACAAAAAUGGAGAAAUCUUAAAUGAUGUUUGGAAAUUCGGAUUAAUCUAACAUCAUUGA